AUGCAAUAGUAGAAACUUCAAUCUACUUGUCCUCAUUUCUAAAGGAUUUUACUUUAAAGAAGUAGUCCUUAAGUUCAUAAGUCUUUAUCUAAGUUAUUAGUAAUUUAUAUUCUUGAAAAUUUAGGUUUUAUUCAAGAAUAAGUAAGUUAAAUGUGAGAUUUGUUAAAGAAAACAAGAUUAUUUGAAUAUAUGUUUGAAAUGUGAAAAGCCAUUAUGUGAUAUUGAAAAAAUAUGUUCUGCUGAGCAUUUAAGAUGUAAAAAUAUUAAUUCCAUAAUAAGUAAAUAGUCCUGAACAUUGUGUGAUAAUUAAUAUUCACUCAAAUUUAAUUGCAUGUCUGAUGUGUAAAAUAGAAAUUUAUGAUUUUGAGCAAACUUUAUAAAGUGAAGAAGAUCAAUAUAUUGAAGAAAUUAUUAAUCCUUAAAAAAUACGAAUGGAAUAUCACAAAUUCUUUUAUAAGUAAGAACCUCAAAAUAUACAAUUUAAAAAUCAAUAAAAUGUUCAACAUGCAGGAAUGUUAAAUAUCUGUAAUAAUAGCCAUUUGAAUUGUGUUUUAUAAAUAUUACUAAAUUAUCCUGUAAUUUAGUAAAUACUUCAAAAGAUAAAUUCUGAAUAUGAAAUAAAUGAAUAUUGUUUGAAAUCUAAUCGUAAAUAAAUUCUUAGAGAAUUAAGUGCCAUGGCCUCUAUUUAUUCAUAACAUCAAUAUAGAAUCAUAAAUCCUUCUAAAGUUAUAAAAAAUCUUGCUCAAAUUGACUCAAAAAUUAUUGGGUAUUCAAGAAAGGAUGCUUAUGUAUUUAUUAUUAUUAUUUUAAUUAGGAUGCUUUUAAGACAGUUAUCAACUUUUUAAAUGAAGAAUUCAAAUUCUCAAAUUUGAAAGGAUACUUUAAAAGUAACUUGAUAUACACAAAACAACCUUUAGGACAUGAUUGGAACAUAAUGUACACUCUAAAAAGUAGUUAGUGCUGAUCCUAGUUAAU